AUGGACAAAGGAAUUGAUAAAAUCUUGGGUAAAGAUUAUAUGGAAAGAAUCAAGGAAAAUGGAUUUAUAGAUGUCAAGGACAACAAAGGUGAUUUGAAAUAUCCGGUACCGUGUGACAGAAGAGAGUUUGUUGCAACUCCUUGCAAUAGAUAUGCAUGCAGUAUGCCUUCAAUUGCGAAGAGCUGCAGGGUCUUUACUGUUCAUGGCUCUGAGGAUGAGAUUGCACCUCUGGGAGAUGCUUUCGAGUUUGCCAAUAUCAUACAUAACUACAAAUUGCACAUUGUGGAAGGUGCUGAUCACGUUUUCGACAACCAUCAGUCUGAGUUAGUUGAAUUGGUGGUGAACUUCAUUAGAGAAUCCCUACAGGAGGAGAUACGGUGCUCAUAUAUGCAUCCAAGUAUCAUGAUGUACCCAUCGUUAUAAAUGUUUCUGGACGCUACCACAUGGACAAAGGAAUUGAUAAAAUCUUGGGUAAAGAUUAUAUGGAAAGAAUCAAGGAAAAUGGAUUUAUAGAUGUCAAGGACAACAAAGG